AUGGAUAACUAUUUGGGGGUUGCUGAAAAACAACAAAGAGAAGAGCAGUGGGAAGAGGUCAGAAUAGGUGAUGAGAACUUGACCUCUGUCAAAUAUUUUAUAUUGAUGGGAUUCACCAAUGACCGAAGGACACAGAUUCUACUCUUUGUGGUCAUCUUCAUCAUCUACUCCCUCACCAUUAUGGGGAACCUGGUGAUCAUUAUGCUUGUGUGGGCCGACUCUUCCCUCCACACGCCCAUGUACUUCUUCCUGACAAACCUUUCGGGCCUGGAGAUCUGUUAUGUCACCACCACGUUGCCCCAGAUGCUGGCUCACCUCCUGUCUGGCAAUGGUGCCAUCUCCUUCAUAUGCUGUAUGACACAGAUGUACAUCACAUUGGCCCUGGGUGGGACUGAAUGUCUUCUUCUCAGUGCCAUGGCCUAUGACCGCUGCUUAGCUAUCUGCCAUCCUCUAUUAUAUGUCAGUAUCAUGGGCUGGGGGCGUCAAGUCCUGCUUGCCUCGCUCUGUUGGGCAGGUGGCUUCCUCCUUGCUUCGAUAAACGUGGGGAGCACCCUUGGCCUCCCCUUCUGCCAUGCCAACCACAUCAACCACUUCUUUUGUGAGCUGCCAGUGGUGUUGAAACUUUCAUGUGCCAACACACACCUCACAGAGGCUUUCAUAUUCUUGGCAUCAGUAGCAUUGCUAUUAAUUCCUCUGACAAUUAUCCUUAUAUCCUAUGGGCUUGUUCUCUCCUCAGUAUUGCAAAUGAGAUCCACCACUGGACUGCGCAAGGCCCUCUCCACAUGUGGCUCCCACCUGAUCGUGGUCACCUUGUUCUAUAGCACCGUCAUCUCUAUGUACAUGAUUCCACGGUCGGGUUCAGCUUCUGAUCGUGACAAGAAAAUUGCUGUCUUUUACAUUGUGGUCACCCCUUUGCUUAAUCCUAUCAUUUAUACUCUGCGGAACAAGGAUAUUCAUGGUGCAACAGCCAAGGCGCUGAGAAGACUGGCCAUUUUGAAAAAGAGUUGA